UCCAGCCUGAAGAGGUCAUUCUGACUACAGUUGCCACUUGUUGCCAAAACCUUCGGGGCUGGAGGGCUGGCCAGCGUUUCAUUUUUUUUAAACGAAUUAUUUCUUCACAAUCGACACGACUAUCUCGAUGUUGACACAGGACUACAUCCACAAUUGACUUUUUUUCUGGGAAAGGAUACUUUUGAACAGUUGCUCUAUAUCUUGACAGGACAAGCAUGGUUGACAACACCAGCAUAGCAACUAAAUCUGCUGUGCAAGCCGUGUUCACUUCGGCAAGCAAUCAUCCUCUUCUGGUACCAUCCUCCACCAGUCACAGCCACUUCCCCGGGUCUCAGUCAAACCAUCCGAGCGGCGGCGGGAUGAAGCUAGAGGCGGUCAUGGAGAAUCUUCAGCGGCAGCAGGCUGCCCGUUUGGCUCUGGAAGAGAAGCUUCGCCAAGCAGAAAAGGACAAAGACAUUCGCUCUAUCAUGGACUCUCAAAUUCAGCAGCAAGCGCUGGCGUUCCGCCACUACCAGGCAGCGAUGAGGGGCGCUUUCGGUGCCGGCGCAACAAUCCCAUCUCCCGGGGCGAGCUCCAGUGACCGGCAAUCUGCACACGCUGACGCGCUCAGGCUCUCCGAGAGACCAGAUGAUUCCGACGUUGAAGACGAAAUGGAGGGAGACCGUGGCAUGGAGGACGAAGACCGAGAUCUGGAAGAAGAUGAUGAUCUUGAUAACGAGGGAUUCGUGGACGAUGAUAUCGAGAGACCCAUGCCUCACUAUCUCCCUCGCCACAGCAUGCAUUCGAAUGCCGGACAGUCCCCAAAGCACUCCGGCGCCAGAGUUCAGCCGUCAUUCUCGGCCGCCAGGCAAGCCGAUUCUCCCGGUGGAAUGGCUCAUGUACAAUCGCAGCACCACGAGUGGACUUAUGAAGAACAGUUCAAGCAGGAGUCAGGAAAAGCCAGUGGGACAGAGAGGAAGCUGGGAAAUUCAGGCCUUGCUUUCGGUGGUGGUUCCUCAUCUCUCAUUCAGGAGCUUUACGAGUUGGAUGACGACGUGAAGCGAAAAGAGUUCCUCGACGACCUCUUCAGUUUUAUGCAGAAACGAGGGACUCCAGUGAAUCGGAUUCCUAUCAUGGCCAAGCAGGUGUUGGAUCUCUACACCCUCUACAAGCUUGUGACGGAAAAAGGCGGCUUAGUGGAAGUCAUCAAUAAGAAAAUAUGGCGCGAGAUCACCAAAGGCCUCAACCUCCCUACCUCCAUCACCAGCGCAGCUUUCACCCUCAGAACACAGUAUAUGAAGUACCUCUAUCCCUACGAAUGUGAAAAGCGGGGUCUCAGCUCUCCCGGGGAGCUCCAGGCAGCUAUCGACAGCAACCGCCGCGAGGGCCGCCGCCAGAGCUAUGGAUCCGCCCUCUUCAACUACUCGCCCGUGGGCACGCCCACCCUGCUGGCCUCGCCCAAGCUCCAGAUGCCCCAUAUCGCCAUGCCCACCCACAAUGGGGCUCACCUCUCUCACAGCCACAACAUCAAGAAAGAAGAGUCCCUACUAUCCAGCUGCCUGAGCAGUCGUGUGGGCCUGCCCGUGUCGCUGGCCGGGCAUCACGGAGCCGCGGCCCAGGCCGUAGCUGCGCAGACAGCGGCGGCUGCCCAAGCGGCUGCAGCUCAGGCGGCGGCGGCCCACUCUGCGGCUGCGCAGGCGGCGGCGGCGGUGCAGGCGGCCGCGCUGGAGCAGCUGCGGGAGAAGCUGGAGUCCGGAGAGCCGCCGGAGAAGAAGAUGAUGCUGAUGGCCGAGGAGCAGCAGAGGCUCAUGCAGCACGCCCUGCAGCAGAACCUGCUGGCCAUGGCCACCCAGCUGCCCAUGAACAUCAAGCUCAACAACAGAGAUGAUAGACAAGAGACCGCAUUGAACCUGUCUACGAACGGCAUUAGCAGCAUCAACAUGUCAAUGGAAAUAAAUGGAGUUGUCUACACAGGGGUCCUGUUUGCCCGUAAGCCUUCAGCCGCAGGGGGGCUGCUCGGGGGCCACAGAGGCAGCAGUAGCCACCACCACAUCGCCGCUCAGGGAAAGUCCAGCAGCAGCCCGGGACUGCCCAGCCAGAUCCAGAUCCAGCCGUCCUCCUCCGCCUCCUCCACCUCCUCCUCCGCACACGGCAACGCGUCCCCCUGAGUGGGGGACAGGAGCAGGAGCAGACAUCCACCAUCACAACCCCCACCCCUAGGACCCA